CUUCUUUCUUUAAUCGGAGAUGGGAAGGGAUUGGUAUCGGGGAAGCGGAGCUGCUAAAACAUCCACCGCCACCACCAGCUCCAAGAGUGCAGCAGCAGCUGAUACCACUCCCACUGGUUGCAUAAGUUCUGUCUUUCACUUCUUCCAUUUUCAUCAUUUCCAGUUUCCUUUAAACCAAACUAAUACUUCAACUCCGAGUAGUAGCAGCAGCGGCUGCGGUUGUUUCAAGCCCAAUCAAUCUUUUCUCUCUCCCCAUAGUACCUUCGUCCCCACCACCCUCAAAGGUACAGAGGCCCUAAGGAAUAGUUUGGAAUCAGAGGGGGAAAGUUCAACUUCAGCUUCAGUCUCGGCUUCUUUGACAUCAACCAGUAAAGAAGAAGAAAAUUUAAAUAACCCUAUGGGAAUUCAAAUUAAAACAAGUGGAGACAUAAGGUCAAAAGACACAUAUUCAGAGAUGAGUAGCUCUCCAGGGACCAGGACACCCACUUUGGUUGCUAGGCUUAUGGGUCUUGACAUUCUCCCGGAAACCCAUUCACCAUCUUUUUCAUCACAUUUGAAGCCAAUAAGUAGACAUCGAAGGUCAUUGGAUGGUGAUAUUCGGGGCACUCGUUCGUUGCCGGAAACUCCGAGGAUUUCAUCUUCUUCGAGGAGGUCGGACGUUGAUCUUCACCAUCGGCUUUCGCUUCAGAUCAACAAGGAGAACAUGACUGCAACCGAGGAGUCGAUGAUCUCUCGUCUCAGAGCACUGAAGAGGAAAGAGCAUAAGCACGAAGACGAGAACAAGAGCCCGGGUCAGUACGCCAGGCAGAUAGCGAAGCAGGUUAAAGAAAGUGGGAGCAGGAAAGUCGGAAUGGACAUUACCAACACGGUUCGGAACAGAGAGCAAGCUAGAGAAGAGCUUGUUAGCCAAUUCAAGUACAAGAAGAUUUCCAGGGCUUUGAACAAACUAGCUGAAGAUUCAAGCACCGGGAAGCACUCGACUACACCUUCGUGUUCGCCCAGGCUACUAUUUUUGGAAACCAAAACCAAAGAUCACAAUAUUCAACCACCAAAACCAUCAGUAGCAGCACCAGCAACAGCUCCAGAGAUCACUAUUCAGCCUCAGCCCAAGUUGCAGCCGGUUGAAGAGGAACAAGAUGAGCAGGAAAACCACCACCAGCAACCACCAAGAGCCACAAGCAAAUGCAAGAAGGUGAAAAAGACACGAAAAACGUCGGACACCAUCCGAAACAAGCAAGAGGAGCCGUUCGUUCGUCCUUCAACAGCCAACAGAAUUCACAUUCCCGAAAAGAAAUGUAAGAAAACUCCAUUGUCAAAUGAUCUCCUCAACAUCUUUCCAGUCAAAAAAGAUCCUUCUCCUCCGGCCACCAAAAUCCCUCAAAAACAGGUCUUGGAUGCUGGAAGACCGAAACGUAGCUCACAGUUAUCUAGUUGUUCGAGCCAAACGUACAACAAACAAGAAGCGACGUACGUACACGUUCCCCGACACGACAACAUUGGCCACAGAUGUAACGACGAUACUACUACUGCUACUGCUACAAGCGCCACCACAAUCGGUGAAGAAGCAGCAGAAUAUCAUGAGUACAUCGCUAGAAUAUUAAGACGAACAGGGCUAGAAGAAGAUACCCCAUUGUACUUAGCUUCUUGGUUCUCUCCUUCCCAUCCUCUUAAUCCUUCCAUUUUUUACUACCUCGAACAUUUCACCGUCUGCAAUAAAAAAACCAGUGCCAGUCAACUGAGCCUUCGAUGCAACAGAAAAUUAUUGUUCAAUAUCAUCGAUGAAAUCUUGAUUGAAUUUUUGAAGCCGUUUUUCAAUACAAAGCCUUGGGUUAUGAGCGGACUCGGUCGACGUGAAUAUUUUAGUAACAUGGAUGGGUCUCAACUUAUAGACUCAUUGUGUUCGAAAAUCAUGGAGUUUCCUCGAGCUGAUUGCGGUGUUCUUGAAGACAUCGACGCCUUGAUCGACAAAGAUUUACCGGAAACGAAGCUCCAAAGUGCGGUGGCGUACGAGGAUGAAGCAGAAGGGGUCGUGUCGGAGAUCGAAAAAGGCAUAUUAGUGGCGCUGGUACAUGAAACGGCGACGGAUUUGAGACUUUGGUGUACUCGUUUCAACUUUCUAAGGUUGUCAAAUCGAAACGUGGGAAGGGCUCACCUUUUAGGAUCACAUGCGUCAUUCACGUGAUGAGAUGCUACUCGCUGGGGUCUUUGUGGACCAUA